ACGUAGUAUUUUGUUUCAAAAGUGAAAGAAGAAAAAUGGGUUUCAAAGUGCUUUGGAGAAAUCCACAUGUCAAAAAGAUUGGUGUAUUGUGUAGACAUUUCAGCAAAGUUAGUGGUCUUCAUGAGGUGGUCAUUGCCAGUGCUGUGAGGACUCCGAUUGGUUCAUUUCAGAGUACUCUGUCGCAGCUGAAGGCCCCUCAAUUAGGUUCUGUUGCUAUAAAGGAGGCAAUCAACAGAGCAGGUAUUAAGAAAGAAGAUGUGGAUGAAGUAUACAUGGGAAAUGUUUGUACUGCUAUGGAAGGACAGGCACCUUGUAGACAAGCCACACUGGGAGCAGGUCUCCCUAUGUCUGUCCCCACCUCCUCUGUGAACAAGGUGUGUGCCUCAGGGAUGAAGUCCAUCAUGUUAGCAGCUCAGAACCUCAUGUGUGGACAUCAGGAAGUGAUGGUGGCUGGUGGUAUGGAGAGUAUGUCUAAUGUCCCCUACUACAUGGCAAGAGGGGCCACACCUUAUGGCAAAGUAGAGCUGAAGGAUGGCAUUGUCUUUGAUGGGUUGACGGAUGCCUAUGAUCAUUGUCACAUGGGUAACUGUGCUGAGAACACGGCUUCUAAAUAUAACAUCUCCAGACAGGAACAGGAUGAGUAUGCUAUACGUAGUUACAAACUGAGUCAGGCCGCUGCUCAGGAGGGGAUAUUCCAGCGAGAAAUCACACCUGUGGAAAUACCCCAAAAGAAAGGUGAUCCAAAGGUGGUCACUGAAGAUGAGGAGUACAAAAAGGUCAACUUUGACAAAUUUGCUUCUUUGAGAGCAGUAUUCCAGAAAGAUGGCACGGUUACUGCUGCCAAUGCGAGCACACUAAAUGAUGGAGCAUGUGCCUUGGUACUGAUGACUGCUACGGCUGCUAACAGGCUGGGGGUCACCCCUCUUGCAAGGAUAUUGGGUUUUGCUGAUGCAGCGAGACACCCAAUAGAUUUUCCAACUGCUCCAGCACUGGCCAUUCCUAAGGUGUUGGAGAUGACAGGUGUAAAGAAGGAGGAUAUAGAUAUGUGGGAGAUCAAUGAGGCCUUCAGUGUAGUUGUGUUGGCUAAUGUUAAAGAUCUGGACAUUGACAUGAACAAGGUCAACAUCCAUGGAGGAGCGGUCAGCAUUGGUCAUCCUAUCGGGAUGUCAGGAGCCCGAAUCACUGGUCACAUGGUCCAUAAUCUAAAGCCUGGACAGAAGGGGAUGGCUGGAAUCUGUAACGGAGGGGGAGGGGCCUCAGCCGUUCUUAUAGAGAGGCUUUAAAUGAUAACAAAGAAGGGCAUAGUUAUAGACUGUGAUAUCUAAAGCAGCUUUUGGAUCUCUGGUGUUUGUGAACAGAGUCACAACAUUAGAUUACUUACAAUUUUCCUGGCACUGUCAUUUCCCUGGCAUGAGGAAGUGUGAUGUAAUAUUUUCUUAGGACUUUCUUAUAAUUUUCAUUAAAAUCUGCAUCAGUAUCUCUGUGUAUUGCAUGAAAUUUAAGUCACAAUUGAAUUCAACAUCUAUUGUAUUUAAGAAAUACACUUUUACCCAAAAUAUGUCUGCUAAUCUUCCUUAAGAUAGCUAGUGUACGUAUGUAUUUUGAGGGGUGGGGGUGUGUUUGUUACUGUUUCUAUGAUACGGGUGUUAUAUGUUUUUGUAAGGAUUAUAAAGGCUCAAAUUGAAGUGGAGUUUGUGCCAGGUAAUUCAGAUGAUUUUUGUUGACGUCGUAACACAGAUAAAAGUAAGCUACUAACAUUAUGACAGAACAGUUCUGUGUUGUUACCAAUGUGUACGUGUGUUGAAUAUUAACAAUUUGAAUGUGCUGUUUGAUGAUACAUGUGCAGCAUGAUGGUAUUAUUUAUUUUUAUUUGGAAUCUUAUUCAUACAGAAUGGUAUUGGUUUGAAUUUAAAUUAAAUAUUUAAUUUGAUUAAAUAUUUUUAUGGAAUGAUGUUACUAUUACUUUUGUCUAUUAGAUAAAAUGUGUAAAUUGAUAGGAAAAUUGUAUUGUGUCAGGGUAGAUAAUCCAGUAUUUUACCACAAUGUGUACCUUUUAAUCUGACAAUAUCCAUGUCUGGAAAUGAAGCACUUAUCUAGAAGGUCAUGUGUAAUUCUUGAUGUUCCAAAAAUAAUCUUUAAUGUGACAAUCAAUGUUAACAGUACAUGUAUAAACAACCCACAUCAUGAUAUUUGGGACUCUUGGAUUACCUUGUGUGUGAUUUUUGCUGGUUUGUCUCAGCUUUUCCUGGUGGCUAGUGCAUAUAGUGUAUAAAUCUAUUAUGAAUACCAUACUAUUGUGACUAAAUGUAUCAUUAAAUAGGGCAAGACUUGA